AUGCACACAAGAGAUUUUGAAUCUUAUAAGUAUCCAUUAAAUAGACAUAACCGUUCUAAUUUUAAUAUUAAGUAUAAAUCAAAGUGGGUUACAAAUAAUGAUUCUGACACUCGAAUAAAACCUAAGAUUAAUAAAAAAAAAAUUGGAACUAAAUGGAGAAGAUUGUUAAAUGAUUAUUCACAAAAUACUACUUUACACGGACUUAGAUAUGCUGGAAAUAAUGAACUAAGUGUCAGCGAAAGGUAAAAUUUAAAUAAAAAUAAAUUUAUCUAUAGACUUUUAAAAAAAUGAUUCCCAAUAAUUUACAAGUAAUUUUAGUUAAAUUAUAAUUUUAUGUUAAAAUAUUGUUGUUAGGUGUUUUUGGAUAAUUUCUUUUGGUUUAGCUGUUAUCACAGCAAUUUACUUUAUUGUCAACUUAGUUCAUAAAUGGCAAGAUAUGCCUGUAAUUAUUAGUUUAUCACCAAAAGCAACUCAACUUACUAGUAUACCAUUUCCUGCAAUUACAAUAUGCAAUAUGAAUAAUGCAAGAAAAUCUGUAGCCAAAAAUAUUUUUGAGACGUAAUUAUUCUUAUUAUAGGUAAAUUAUUAUUCAAAUUCGUAAAAUACAACUAACAUUAUAUUUGUGCAUAGAUCGUCUACCCUUGAUAGCAAAAUUGAUCUUCGGCUAUUGAGUGAUUUUUGUGAUGAAGAUCCAAUUCAAAAAGAUUCAUCAAUGGACAAUUACACAGGUGAUUGGGAUUCAUUAAAAAAAUUUAUGAUUAGGGUUUCUCAACCUUGCCAUGAAAUGAUUAUAUCGUGUUUAUGGGCAAACAAUCCAAGAAUUUGUUCGGAAUUAUUCAAUCCUUCAUUAACAGACGAAGGAAUAUGUUGUUCUUUUAACAAAGUGAAAUCAGAUUAUAUAUUUUGGAACUCCAAAGAUUUAUCGGACUUAAAUGUUACAUUUCCAAAUCCAUCUGCAAACUGGACUCCUGAAAAUGGAUACCCACCAAACACGCCAGCUGAAUAUACACCAUGGAGACCCUGGGGAGCUGGUAGUCAUUUGGGAUUAACUGUUGUAUUGGAUGCUGAAAUUGAGGAAUAUUAUUGUUCAUCAGAAGUCAGCUAUGGAUUUAAAGUAAUAUAAAUGAUAUCUAUACACAUAGCAAUUAUAAAAUGUUGAGGUGAACUAUUCUAGGUGAUGUUACACAGCCCAGUAGAAACUCCAAAAAUAUCAUCAUUUGGUAGUUUUGUAUCACCAGGUAGGGAAACAUCAAUAGAAAUUCACCCUACAGUAGGUAUGGCUACACCAGCAUUGGUAAAUAUAAAAAAAGAAGAACGACAAUGUGUUUAUUCAGCAGAAAAACAAUUGAGGUUUUAUAGAACAUACACUCAACGGAACUGUAUAAUGGAAUGUGAAGCUAAUUUCACUCUUAUGUUUUGUCAAUGUGCCAUGUAUUAUAUGCCAAGUAAAAUACAAUUUUAAACAAACUUUCAAUUUCAAUUCUACAUAGAAUAAAACAAUGUAUUAGUUGCAUAAUGACAGUUAUAUAUAUAUAUAUAUAUAUAUAUCUUUGUAUAGUAAAGAUAGGCUCAAAAAAGAAUAAAUUAAAUUAUAAAUGAAAAUUCAUUAACAGAAAUGGGACAUUUAAAGAAAAAAAAACAAACAUAUUUUGCACGAUGGGUGGGCCACUAUUGUAGAUGAUAAGUUAGAAAGGUAGGAUGGGGAGAAAUUAAUUUAUACUUUCAUACACAAAUAAACCGUUACUAAAGAAUAAUGAUUACGAGUGAAGUUCAUUUAUACAUGUUUUGAAAGACCGGAUAAAUAAUCUGUUCAAUUACUUUGAAAACCAAUUAGAUAAUUAAAAAAUGACUUCUUCAAUACACUAACUAAAAUUACUUUUCAGAAAAGGUGCUACACCUUCAAAUUAAGUUCUUUGGUAGAAAUGUUGCUCACAUAAAAAAAAAAUCACAUUAUAGUAAAACAAUAAUGACAUAAUUUUUCAAAUAUAAAGAAAUUGCUUAUCAUUUUAAUAAUAGAAAAUCACAACAAUAUAAUUGUUUCAGAAAUGUUAAUUUUUUUAUAAUCAGAAGUUUUACUGUAAUAUUAGUAUACAAAAUAUAAACCAACAAUGUAAAUACGAAAAAUGGAAGUAACACAUUUUAUAUGUAAUAUGUUAUUUUGUUGUUAUUCGGAAAAUAAUAAUACUAGAAUUAUUCCAUUUAAGGAUGUUUUUAAGCCAGGAUCUCAUGGAGCAGUGAGAUAAACGGACAUAUAUUCUGCUACAUCCCACAAUCCAACAUGUAUCAAUGCUAUUUUACAGACAGUGUUCCUAGACGUGCUACACGCUUGGCUUAAUUCAUCCCUUUCUAGAGUGUUAUAAGGCAUGUAUUCAAGCUAUGCCAAUUUUUCUUUGUCUAAGACUGUAGGAAAUGAAAUUUUCUCUUUUCUUUAGUGGGCCUACCAUUCCCUAUACUACUCCAAGCGCCGUGUGAUUCGAACUUUAUCAAUUCCAUCAUCAUCUAGCGAACUGCUAAUGUUUUUUGGUUGCCCAUUAGAUGCAUUGGGAGAUGAUUGGAUUUAAUAUACAAUUUUCGAAGGAAUAUCGAAACAAAUACAAUUUCUAACUUAAUUGUUCAUCGUAUUUCCUGGCAAAAAAUACCGGUCUACUAAUAAAUACUUAAUUGGAUAUUGCAAUUCCCAUAAUCUCAUAUUUGAUAUAAUAUAUAUUAUACAUAAACUUGAUAUUUUUAUCUAUUUUAAUUUUUUUUUAUUUCAACAGUAUGCUAUAUAAUAAAAACUAAUUAUAUUUCUAAAAUAAUUAAUUGAAUAAAUACUAGCCUAUUACAGAGAUAUCUCACUAAUUUAUAGUAUCCAGCUCUGAUUUUAAUUAUACAAACUGAAUGAUUAUUUUACCAUGAAUCAGCAACUAUCUACAGUAAUUUUGAGUAAACUUUAUGUUUUUGACAUUAUGGAAGCAUUUAAUUAUUUUAUUUACUAUAUUUUCAAAAUUGUAAAGGUAUUAGGAUAACAUGAAACAUAAGUAUCAACAUUUGAUUUUAAAAUAAAUAACAAUUCAUGCAUUUAAACUUGGAUUUGUAAUAAGAAUGUUUUAUAAAAUAUUGAUUGCUAUGUACAACAUUAAUGUAGGAAGUACUGUUUAUGAGUUAUACACUUUACAACUUUUAAAUUUAGAUCAGAGAAAUAAUGAACUGGGAAGAAUAAUAAUAUUGAUAUCUAUACUUAGAUAACCAUUUCUCCUCCAUCUUAAAAUUUUAAAAUGGUUAUUUUGCAUAAAUAUGGUAAAUAAUGGUAUAUAUCUAAUGUUAGAUAGGUCAUGCAGAUAAACAUUAACAGUAAUAUAUUAUACCUAGUAUAUAUUCAGCAUUAUAUCACGUGUAUAUAGCUAUUUUAGAAUCAAUAGUUGGUAAUAAAAUAUAAUCUUUAUAGUUUAUAGUGUAUGGAAUAAGGGUACGAUUUUAAAAAUAUUGGAAAUAAUAUUAAGCAAACAAUUUAAAUAAAAAAUAUUUAAAAUAAAAAAAUGAUGGUGAAUAUAUGUGAAUAAAAUAUCUAAGUACAGGCUUGAUUAAAUAUCAUAUUAUUGUAAAAUUGUCCAUGAAAUACAACUUUCAAAACAUGAUAAAUGUAAAAUCAUUUUGAAAUCAAUAUAUUCAAAAAAUUUACAUUACUUUUGUGAGUGAAAUGACGAAACUACUUUGAUUUUCAAAUACAUAAAUGUAUUUUAUACUAUACUAUACUUUAAAUUAUAACACUGAAAAACCAAAAUUUAAUUUAUUCAACAUUUUUGUAGAUAUAAUCAUGAUAAAAUAAUAACCCUAUAUUUUUGAUAAGAUUUUUAAUAUAAAUUAUGUAUGACUUUUAGAAGACAGUUUCUCUAGAAUUUGUGGCAAAAAAGAUGAAGAUUGUUCAAACAAAGCUAAAUGUAAUUUAUAAACAAUUUUUAUUAUAUCAUGGUUUUCAUGUAGAUUUUUAGUUGUUACCUUCGUCUUACACAAUAAAAAUAUGUUUUAUUAGAUCCGGACUUAUAAUCAAAAUUGCUUAAAAUUAACAAACAUAUACACAUAUUUAAAUUAAAAAAAUAUAUUAUAAUUAAAAUAAUUAAUACAUUUGAAAUAAUAUUUUAAUACCUAGUAAAUUAAUAAUAUUAAGAUACAAUAAAUUAUUACUAACAAAAAAUAUAAUACAAAUUAGAGCUCAGUUAAUUGAUUGCUCGCAAUAACUAUUAAAAUCACUUUUUUCGAUUAACCGAGAGAAUCCAGAAUUAGUUAGAAUCAAUUCGAAAAGAUUUCUUGUGAAAACCUAUAUGGAAAUCAAAUUUAAAAAUAUGUCUGUGGUAUAAUCAGUUUUAUGUUCACAUUAUACUCCCUAUAUUUUGUCAAAAAUAUAUACAAUUUUGGCUUUUUUUCGGACUUUUCUCAAAUUAAAAAAAAUAUUUGUAAGUUCAAAAAGAACCUUAUAAAUACAUCAAUAAAAUUAAAAUGCUACCAGGAUCAAAUUUAAUACAUUUUAAUGAAAAAUAAUAGUUUUUUUAAAUGAUUACACCAUAGUAAGUGUUUUAUAAAUUUGUAUACAAUAAACAUCAACAUUAUUGUUACAUUAUAAUUAUAUUAGGUUAUAUUAUAAUUCCCACGAUAAUAAAUAAUUAAUUAAGAUAACAAAUUUGUAAUACACGGAAAAAAAGGUAAAAUAGUUAUUAUAAGUCUACAUGUGCAACCUUAAUGUUAUAAAUAUGGAGCGGAUUUAAAUGCUCUAAAAAACAAGAAAAAUGCCUUAAAAAAAUACCCAAAAUAUUAUUUUAAAUAUUGAAAUAAGAUUAAAACAUAGAAUAUAUAUUUUAAAAAAACAUAAAUAUGAUUUUUUUUCUUUUAAGAGGAAAUCAAAAUAAAUUUUAUCAAAUUAACUGGCAACACUAUGAACAAUGUAAAAAUUAGAAAAAAAUUUCUUAAAAACCUAAAAAUGCACUUAAAAUGUCAAAAAAUUUUCUAAAAAUAAAAAAGUUCUAAAAGUGCAAAAGAUGCAAAAUAAAAAUUUCAUUUUUGAAUUCUUUGAUACAUGAAGUAAAUUUCAUGCUUGGAAAACAUUGUUCUAAGGAAUUUAGAAAUAAAUGCAAUUUGCAUUGAAAUUUGCUCUCUAGUUCUAACACGUACAUAUAAUAAUAUGUGUUUAAUAUCCCAAUUUACUGAUAAAUACUUAACUAAAGAAAUGACUUAUUUAUUAUUCAGUGGUAAUGGAACUUAUAUAUAGUUCAGCCAUAACGAACAUGAGCCAAUUAUUGAAUGGCACCAAUUUACCAAAUUGCACUUGCUUACCAGGAUGCCAUUGGAUUGGAUACAAUAAAGUGCAUUCAUCAUCUCCAUUGGCCAACAGUUAUAAAAUUAAACAAACAUUUUUAGUUGGAAGAAAUUCUACCUACUUCAAGUGAGUUUUUUGUUUGUAAAUAUUGUUUGAACUUAUUUAAAAUAAAUUAGUACAAUUAUUGAUUUUAGAAUAUUCUAAAAUCAAUGAUAUUAACAAUCUAUUGUACAUCCUGUAUUCUCACAAUUACUACUGAAGGUGACAAAUUUUUCACUUGUUUUUAAAUUUCAAUUGUACUUUAAAAACAUUUAAACAAGCUCACAUUUUUAAUAGGAAUCAAAUAGUUAUGCCAAAUCAACAGUUAAAACAAUAAAAAAGUUGUAUUUGAUAGUUGUAAUGCAACUCUGGAAUGUUGAUUCUAAAAUAAUUUACAUAAAAUUAUGCUCUUUAAAAUUGUAAAAAAUAAUAUCAAAUCUUUAUAACAAAAUAGUAUUAUACAUACACUACUUGAACAAUAAUUUGUAGAAAUAAAAUAAAUGAUUUUUGACUAAACUUAUAUUUAGAUUACAAAAAUAUCCAUGUUACACAGCAGAAAUAUCAUAAGUUUCAUUGAAAUGUAUCAAAUAAAUUUAGGUAAAACAUCAUUCUUACAUAUAAUAAAGUAAAAAUUAUGCCGAUAUCAUUAAAAGUAUGUAAUAUUAAAAAAAGGUAGUAAAAAUUAAAAAUAUUAAUGUACAAGUAAAAUUUUAUUUAAUUUUAAUUCCUAUACCAUUUUCUCUCAAAAAAUAAAACAACAGCUAAUAAUAUUUUUAUAUUGCAUUCUUAAUAAUUAAUAUAUUUUAAUAUCUAUAUACUGUAAGAAAUUUCAUUAGAAUGUAAUAAUCACCAUAAUGUAUGGUAAAUAGAACAAACAGGAAAUCAAAAACACAAUUUAACUUGUGGAAUGCUUAAACCUUUAUUCAAUAUAUAUAUAUAUAUAUAUAUGGGUAGAGAUAGGGUUGGUUGUUGAACUCUCCCUCAAACCCAUAACUAAAACCCAGUUCUAGUAAUAUAAAAAUAUUAAUCAUUUUAAAUUUAUUAGCAAAAUCAAAAUUCAAAAAAUUCAAAAUGUAACUGCUGAAUAUAUAUUAUAAUUGAUCUAAUAAUACAGUUACCUAACAGAUUUUGAAUUUGUAUUUGUGAAUUAUACAAAACAUUUUGCUUUAAAAUAAUGCAUCACACAUUCUUAAUAGUAGAUGUAAAAUGUAUCUUCCAAAAGACUUAAAUAUAAAAACUGGUUAAAUGAGGGUGGGGGGCUAAGCCCCUCCUAAAAAAUAAUUUAAUUAUAGAAUUAUUUAUGUUCAGCAUAACUGUUAAUCUCUUUUUAUUUAAUCUAAUUACCUACUUGAAAUUAAUUAUUAAACAAAUUUAAGAGCCCUUUCAAGAAAAUCAAAAACUAUUUAACUUCAAAAACUACUUACAAUUUAUAGUUACAAAAUAAAUAUUGACAAAUAACUUACAAAACAUUCGCAAAAUUUUGAUCGAAAAUAGUCUGUAUCUAUAUCCACGGACGUCAUUGUAGUGUUUAAAGUUGAAGGUAUUUUUUUUGAAUAUUGAUAUUGUAGCAUGUUGUUGCACAAUACAAAACUUCACAAGAAUUAAACUCUCAGACAAAAACUGAAAACUAGGUAUAUUGUUUAUAGUAUUAACUAUAAAAAAAAUAAAUAGAAUUAGUCCUAUGCAAAUGGCGGCGGGUUGCGAGAUAUGUCUAACGGUCUAACUAUACUUUAGCGGGUAGCAUAGUGUUCAAUAAAAAUGAUAAGAAAUCGUAGCCAUAUCGGUCUCUACGAACACCAACGUUACGAAAAAAAUUGAAUUAUAAAUGUAGUUACACCAACAACAUUCUUAUCAUUGGUAUGCAAUCCUAAUUACGGAAAAAUAUAUUUAUGAACUACAUAAUAUUAACUAUAUCGAUGCCCCAGUUCAAAACUGCAAUAACACAAAAAAAAUUCAAAAAUGAGUUAUGUGUGUCAUAUUGUUUGCCAUUUUACGAUUUCAGUUCAAAAACGCAAUAUAAUGUAACUUAAUUAUUAUCCACGAGAUAGCGUUUAUUUUACUUUAGAAACGUAUAUUUAUAAAAACAAAAUUCAAAAGAGAACUAAGUCGACAUAUUGCGUUUUAUACAUAGUUAUUGCAUCAAUUUUUUUUCUUUAUCAGUUCAAAAACGUAAUAUGUACUUGUAAUUAUUUUGUAUUAAAACUUAAGUUUAAAAACAAGCUAAUCUUAUAUUCAGACUAUUAAGUCAAAUAUUCAUACCAAAUUUGGUAAUUUUAUCUCAAUGAAAACACCUUAGAAAAUCAAAAAAUAAUCUCCCUACAAUUCCACUUCAAGAAAAUUGCCUUUCAUAAAAAGGUCUAUAUUGUGUACAUAGGAGUAAGCUUUCUGAUAGAAAAAGUUCACACACACACAAAAAAAAAAAUAAUAAUAAUAAAUAAACAUUAUUGUAAAACCAAUACAUUCCUUGCUCCACGUUGUAGACCACGAUUUAAGAUAUACAGGUUAAAACAAAGGCCUAUAGCAGAUAGUCCUGUGAAGGUAAACAAACUAUCUAAAACAGCUGUAAGCUAGUGAUCGUUGUUGUUAUGUAUUAAUAUUUGUGAGGGUUAAGUUCAAAAGCGUAGUAAUAUAUAUAAUAUAUAAUACUAUAUAAUCAGGGCCUGAUUAAUCAAUAAAUUAAAAAGGUUGCAGCCUAGGGUGUCGUUAAAUGGGGGGGGGGGUACCCAAUAAACAAAAUUAUUUUUUUUUCCAACUUGUAUCUGGGAUAUAUAAAUCAAUGGUGGAUUUAGACAAUUGAUAUUAGUGGUGCACAUAUUAAUUUAGAUCACCCAACUAAAUUUUAAACAUUACUAUUAUUACCAAUAUUAGUUUACCUUAAAAUAAAUAUUAAAUACCCAUUGUUAUAUAAUGUGUUUAACAUAUAUUUUGCAAUAUAAUUAUAUGUAAAAAUGCCCUAAUAACCAUACUUUAAGCUCAUAUUUAAUAAAAAAAAACGGUUUACAAUUUUAUUGAAUUUGUAUUUGCCCCAUAAUAAUUUUUGGGUAAAUGGACACCAAUAUCUCUGGUUUAAUUCACGAUAGUAAAAAAAAAUCUGGGGGAAAAUAAACAAAUAAUCAGUAUAUAUUAAUUUUUUUUUUCAAAUGGUUAUUAAGUGGGUUUUUACAUUUACCUCAUAAUAUAGUUUAAGAUCGGGACCAAAGUUAAUAAUACAAUAUAAAUACACAACAAAAAAUUGAUAGGGCAAAUGAAAAUGAAACAAAAUAACAAUGUAUUAAGGCAAAUAAAUGUAUACUUUAUUAUUUUUCAAAUAAAACAGUUUAUAUAAUUAUUCCUGUAUUAAUAUCCUCUUUAAACUAUGUAGGUUUAUCAGUUUUUUAUGUCCCAUACUAUAAAUUACUUAAAUUUUAAUAAAAUAAGUCUAGUUCCAAAAUUAACAAUAAAUAUAAAAUAAACAUUAUAUAAUAAUACUUUUGAAACACAUAUAACAAUCAAAUAUGCUAUCUAUAACAGUAAAAAAAAAAAUUAAAUUAAAAAUUAAAAAUACAGCAAAUAAAUGUAGGUAUAAGUCUUUUUAGUACCAACAUUAACAAUAAAAUAUAAAAUAAAAAUUGCACUUUUUGAAACACAAAUUAUACAAUACCUAGGAGUUAAAUAAAACAAUAAAAUAGGAAAUUACUUACCUACCUAUAAUAAUGAAAUAAUAAACGAAAAAUACAGCAAAUAAUAAUAAGAAUUCCUAUUUUAAUACAUUAUAUAUUAAAUAUAAAUGAACAUUGUAUAUAUAUGUAUAAUUAUUUAAAUAUAAUAUAUUUAAAAUGUUGUGUAUAUAAUUUUUAUGUUACAAUGUGAACGUUAACAUUAUUUAUACAAUAGAUUUACAUGAUAAAUGGCCAUAGGGGUAGCUAUUUUGGAAGGGGUGAGGGGUAUGGAAGAAUUUAUAGAGAAAGGUUGAUUUAUCGUGAUUUCAUUUUACUAACUUAUAUUCAGGAUAAUUUAGUUUUAUAUAAUUUAAACUGCCUUUUAGAUUCUGUGUGGAGCGAAGAAGCUUUGUUUUACAAAAAUGUUUAUCAUUUUAUUUUUUUUUCUAUGAUAACUUUUUCUACCAGAGGACUUGCUCCGAUUUGUAUGUGUAGCACUUUUUCUGAAAGGAAAUCGGUGUGUGGAGAUACCUCAAAGAGAUCAUUUUUCGGUUUUCUCAAGAAUUUUCUUAUAAAAAAAAAAAAAAAAAGUAAAGGUAAAAUGUAAGAAAAGUAUUUGUAUAUUAUCACAUUUUUUUUUCCUUGUGCAUAACUUUUCAACCAACAAUUUUGCUUCAAUUUAUAAUGAUAAAAAUGUUUAUAAAAGUUGUUGUUUUAUUAACUUCAUGUAUUUUAAUAAUACAUUAUACAUUUCUUUUUAUUUCAUUAUCCGUCAAUACAAGAGAACAUUGUUCUAAUGUGACCAAUUUUUUUUAAAAUUAAUUUAUACAAUUAUCAAAUCAUCAAUUUAAUUUUAUCUUCUUUGUAAAAAUUGUGGUUUAUCGAAAUGUUUGCUGGUUUCCUUAACACUGAAUAUUUAAUACAUGAAAGUUAAAGUGAAUAUGAUAUGAAUAUGAAAUAUAAUAUAUUAAUUUAAUAUAAAUUUAUUUCAUAUUAAUAACAAUAAAGAAUCAGUUGGCAAUAAUUCAUAUAUUUUUGCCUGGGGGUACCACUAUCCGAUUAGCCAUGAGUAGUACUUCACUAAGUAGUUUGACAUUGUAAAUUGUGCGCGAUCCCAUGUAAAUAAUCAUUGGUGUCACAAUGCUGCAAACUUCCCCUUUUUGCCUCAUUUCCCACCAUAGAACAGAUACACACAAAUGCUAGUAGAGUACCGAAACUAAGAAUUCGCUCGUUCAAAAAAUAUAUCAUUGACGUAAAUACUAGUCGGCAUAUACUCGUCGGCAUAAAUACAUGGAACCCAAUUUCCAGAUACACAAAUGUUUGCGGAACGUAAGUACACGUAGGAACAAAUAUUUUGUGAUUGGUAAACAUUUCUACCAAAAACAUUUAUUUCAACACACUUAUGUUCCGCAAAUGUUUCUUUCAAUAGACUUUUGUUCCGCGAUAGUUACUCCAUAAAACGUUUGCUCCACAUUAUGUGUUUUGAACAAAUAAUUAUUGGAAUGAAUGAUUUUGAAACAAUUGUCUAUCGGACUAUGCAAAUGUUUAUGUUAACAAAUAGGACGUACAAAUAUUUGAACACUUCUUUUAAAAUCAUUUGUUCCAGUAACUAUUUAUUCCAUGAAAUACUUCUUCCACACAUUUUGUGGAACAAAUAUUAUAGGUCCACCAGAUUAUAUAUAAAUGUAUUAAAUUAGAUUAUAAUAUAAAUAUUAAAUAAAUAUAAUAUUGGUAUUCAAUUUAAUGAACAUAUAUAACCAUAAAAAACAUGCAAUUUUAAAUUUUUUCAUUAACCUUUGGUUUAAGUGGCCACAUGUUAAUUAUGUUCAGUCGAGCCCAAACUUUACAGAUAUUAAUAGAUAUUAAUUAUAGAUGUAUUGGAACAAAUUUCUGGCUAACGCUCUUCAAAACUAACAACUUCAAAAUUAAUUAGUACCUUAAUUAUAUAAAUAACAAGAAAAAUAUAUGGUAGAAUAAUUUUUAAAAAUAUCAGAAUGAUUAUGAUCUGUGUGUGUUAAAUAGCCCUUACUUUUGCUUGGACUAAAUCGACCAAAUUGGCCAAUAUUAGAAUUUAAUUUUUUUAGUCUUAGUUUAUUAAUUCGGAACCAUCCAUGUGUUCGACAAGUUAAAUUAUCAAUCAGAUGAACAANGGUGUUAUCGACAUUUAGCCUUAACGUUUUUUUUUCCAUUUUAGGCCCGGUGCACACGUGCGUUUUUUUUACGCGUGGCACCGCUGCGGCUCGAUAAGAACUCGCAGCAAAACUUGCACGCAGAUGAACGCGCGUCACCGUUAGUACGUGUGCAGUACGCCUACAGAUUGUGUGUACUUCACGCCGCAAUUGCGGUGCUGCAGCGGUGCCACGCGUAAAAAAAACGCACGUGUGCACCGGGCCUAAAAUGGAAAAAAAAACGUUAAGGCUAAAUGUCGAUAACACCACAUAAUUUUGAUAACACAUUUCCAUCAUCUAGUAAACCAAUUAUUUUGUUGAUUGAUGAUCGGAUGCAUCGAGAAGCAAUCUGAUUAGUACUCAGAUUAAUCAAAUUUGGUAAGGAAUAUCGAAAUCCAUUGGAUUGUUCAUCUGAUUGAUAAUUUAACUUGUCGAACACAUGGAUGGUUCCGAAUUAAUAAACUAAGACUAAAAAAAUUAAAUUCUAAUAUUGGCCAAUUUGGUCGAUUUAGUCCAAGCAAAAGUAAGGGCUAUUUAACACACACAGAUCAUAAUCAUUCUGAUAUUUUUAAAAAUUAUUCUACCAUAUAUUUUUCUUGUUAUUUAUAUAAUUAAGGUACUAAUUAAUUUUGAAGUUGUUAGUUUUGAAGAGCGUUAGCCAGAAAUUUGUUCCAAUACAUCUAUAAUUAAUAUCUAUUAAUAUCUGUAAAGUUUGGGCUCGACUGAACAUAAUUAACAUGUGGCCACUUAAACUAAAGGUUAAUGAAAAAAUUUAAAAUUGCAUGUUUUCUCGUUUACCUACUUACAUUUUUAUUUUAUGAAAAAUUGUACAGCAUCAUUAUAGAACUAAUUAUUUACUAAAUACAAUUUAUCUAUAUAUUUAAUCGCAGAAUUAUCCCUUAUUUGUAAAAAUAUGUUCUACAAUAUUUGCACAAACGUUACAUUAAACCUAUGGCUCAUCAAAUUACAGGUAUUGAUUUAGCAAAUAAUUAAAAAUCUUCAUUAAGCAACAAACAAUAGCGCACUUAAAUUUCAAAAACCUGCGUAAUAAUCAAAGCUAUAUGAUAUUUUAACAUCUUCUUAAACUAUGUAAAAACAAAAGCAGAUUAGACUAUAAUAACUAUUUGAAAUUAUUUAAAACUCAAUCAGCAAAAACAGUAAACUAUUCUGGAAUUUUAUUAAAUCAAAAUCAUUUCUUAGCUCAUUACCAAACUGUUAACUUAAAUAAUUAAUGUGCUGAGUUAAGUUAGGUUAGAAAUCUAAGUCACCAGUAAAUGACUGUACUUUAUUUAUAUAAUCUAAUUAAUAUUAAUAAUAUCAAUACAUCAAUUAAUAUUAUUAAUUAUCGACUUACAUAAUUCUUUUAUUAAACUAAAAAGCUUCAUACAAAUAAGUCCAGAUGGCUUAUCAAUUAAUUUCCGAAAAUUCUGUAUAAAUUAUAUUGUUAUUCCUAUCCAGUAUAUCUGUAAUUUAUCAAUUUCAUCCAAGAUUAAAAAAAUAGAAGAUUUUGAAGAUUUACUAGAAAUUCGUUAGUAUAAACCGUUGUAAAUUACCACUUGAAAAUUAAACCGGUGUGAAUUUGAGAAGUUUUGUGAAGUAAAUGGUGUUAAAAUUAACGACACGGGUUUAAUUUUUCUGUACCAUCACGUGUAUAUGGUGCAAACUUUUUACACCGGUUUCAUCUCGUCUCAUUUCCCCCUCGAAAUAAUAAUUGAACGGAUAAAUGAUAAUAAUAAUUUUAGAUAGAUAGAUAUAUAUUUAUUAAACAAAAAAUUAAUAAAUAUAUAUAACACCCCAAAGGGUAAGAAUACAGUAAGCGAAAAACAACAAUUAUCAUUAAAUUAUAAACACAAAUUUUUAACUUAGAACAGGAAUCGAAAAAAAAAAAAAAUUAAAAUUAUGAACUUGAUUACACAAUAAUGGUAGGCGACACUCCGGACUAUUUGAAAAGUAAUUGUUUUUAAAACGACGAGUAACAACAAAAGGUGGAUUAAUUCUGGAGUUAAAAGAGGGUACUUUAAGGCAAAUGUUUUGUAAUAAUUCAGGGCAGUCGAUAGAACUUGAAGACUUUAAACCCAUAAAGUUAGCAAUCUCAUCGGCGUUAUGAUAAGGAUAAUUAGUUUUAUAAGCAUAAAAACGUAAAAAAUGUUUUUGAACCUUUUCUAAUUUAUUAAAUAAACCAGAUUGAUUAGGAUUCCAUAAUACAGUACCAUAUUCAAGUAUUGAUCUUAACAACGAAAAAUAGAAGUUUUUCAUACAUACAGCAAAACAAGUUUAAUAAGACGAUAAGUGAUAAUUGGCUAUAUCCCGUGUGAGUCGUUAUAACUUAUCAAGACAGAUAAGAAAGAGGUAUAGAAAGAACGCAUUUAUAUUAAGUACUUACUAGAGAGAAAUGGGAAGUAUUAUAGUAUAAUAAUAGUAUAAGUAAUACACUAAUAAUUUAAUUAAUAGUAUACUUAUUAUUGUUAAUUUUAGACAAUGGUGGGGAUACACUGAUUUCAAUCAUCGAAUAUCUAUACGGGUGUAAAAUAAUCGGUAUCAAAUGUUAGUAAACCGGUAUAAAACAUAUCGGUUCGUAUCAAGACAUUUAUAAUUAAUAUCUAAAAUAAUUAAUCCUUUAUUCAAAAAUAUUCUUUCGAUAGUUAACGUGCUAGAAAUUCAUUUGGUUAUGUCGCUAUAAAUUUCCUCGAAAAAAUAUCGGUAUACCAGUGAUUAUUUACCGCGUUAAAUUUGACCUCCCUGUAAAAUAUUACAAGUGAAUCUCCGAUAAAAUGUCUCUAUAGUGUAGAGAAAUAAUAACAAUAGUCGACGGCCGAGUUGUGCGCAUGGGCGUGGCAUUCUCUACGGCGCGGAGCGCAAGCACUGCCGUCCCGGAAGCAAUGAUAUUAACUCAUGGAAAAGAUAAUCCUUGACUAAUAACUGAAUAAAUAUUUGAAUAGAAUAAUCACAAUAGAUAAUAUUUACAUUUGCAAAAACUUGAAAAAUUGUAAAAAAUAAAAAACCAUACUUUAAACCACCAAAAAUUUUCUAAAAAUCUAUUUUACAAAAUGGCUAUUUUGAAUCCUUUUAAAAAAAUUAGAGUAAAAGUAAGCUUUUUAUUUUAAGUACCACCCCCCCCCCCCCCAAAAAAAAAGAAAAACAAUGUUCUUAUAAACACUGUAGUAUAGAGGCAUAUUAAUUAUUUAAAAAGAUAUUGAAUAGAACAAAAGUUAUUUCAAGUGGGAGAUCAUCGUGGACUACUCUAUAUUGGAAAAACUAACUUGUUUUACAUUGAUAGGGAAAGUGGUGGAGUCACUGUGACGGUGCACGCAUAGAAACUAUCUCACACUAAUAAUCAAGAGACUUGAAAUUUGUACAGAAAACUUAAUUUUGCCUUUUUUAGACAUUUUCAAAAUAUUUAAGCCACCUUUAAGCUUUUUAUAAAAAUUUAACAAAUAUUAUUAAAGACAAUUUUUAAUGCCUAUUUUAUUAUUUUACUAUAAUAUGACAUGUAUUGUUGACAAAGCAUCACUAUCAACCGAGCUACAUUCAGAAUCAUGUUUUCGUUAGCAAUGGUUUAUUGUUGCUUACAGGUACACAUUAAAUUACAUAAAACAUUGGCUGCACCCUACUUCAUUAAUCCUAGGACGUCUUUUUCAUAACUGAUUUUAUAGAAAUAUAUAAAUCAAAAAAAUAAUUUUUUUUUUGUGAAGAAAUAUUUAUCAACAAGUUUCAUAAAAUAUCUUGCUGUUCUAAUUAUUUAUAUAAAAAUUUAAAAAUUUGUAUAGCGGACCAUUAUUAAGAAAUAAUGGUUUUGAUUACUCUUUCAAACUAAAUGAUGAAAAUUUUCUAGAAAUAUUAAAACUUCGAAUCGAGUCUGGGGAUAAGGAAUAAUAAGGUCAUUUUAAAAAUACUAAUUCCAAAGCUACAUAAUAUAUCAGUAAAACUACACACAAUGAAAUUAAAUGUCUAUCUGUAGUAAAUUAACUAUAGAUAAUAUUAUCAACAAUGUAAAAUUUUCUCCAUAUUCUAGUAAUAUAAAUUCGACGAAACAAUAGAUAAUGAAAACUAUUUAAUAAUAAUAUGUGAAAUUUUACAGGGCGGCAAAUAUUCUCCAGUGUAAUUUGACUCCCGAUAAAUAUUUUCCAUAAUCUAUUCGGAAUAAUAACAGAAGUUGGAAGCUAUACGAGUUUUCGUCUUUGACGGUCAUAGUCAUGCUCUUGUAAUAUUCGCUCUCAAGGACGCAUAUUAACAUACCAUACAUUGCUACAUGGACGGUCGUUUUUAAUUGGCUUAUUUCAAAAAGUGCGUUUUAAAUUUUACAAACUUUACAUUGUUGAUAAUAUUAUCUAUAGUUAAUUUACUACAGAUAGACAUUUAAUUUCAUUCUGUGUAGUUUUACUGAUAUAUUAUGUAGCUUUGGAAUUAGUAUUUUUAAAAUGACCUUAUUAUUCCUUAUCCCCCGACUCGAUUCGAAAUUUUAAUAUUUCAUCAUUUAGUUUGAAAGAGUAAUCAAAACCAUUAUUUCUCAAUAAUGGCCCGCUAUACAAAUUUUUAAACAAUAUUAAAUAAUAAACAAAUUACUUACAAAUCAUAGGUAUAUGUUAGUAAAACCAAUAGGUAUGAAACACUAAUUUGACUAUAAUGCAAUGAAGAAUCGUAAAAUACAGAUAUAUGCUGUACAUAUCAGAAAAUGACAAAAUAUGCAAAAUAAAACUUUGUAUUUCGGAUCUAUUGUUCCUUAAUCAAACUUGUAGCGUAUCUUGCUACUUUUUCAACUGUUAAAAGAAAAACAUGCAAAUGUAUAUAAAUCCGGGACAUAGUGACAACUUAUUAUUUUUUUAAUAUGCGGAAUCCUUAUUAUAGAAUUGUAUUAAUGUAUUAUUAAUUACAUUAAAUAGUAGAUUACAAAAAUUAUGAUAGAUCAUCUUUGGUACAAAUUAACUACAUGUAGAUCACAUACAACACAGUUAAAUGAAGAAAAUAAGUGUUAGGUAAAAUAAAUAAAUAAAAUGGUCAAUAGACCGGAACCUAACUUUAAUGCUAACCCCUUAAAAUCUAUACUGAAAUAGGUAAUGUAAAAUCAAUACAAAAAGUAGGUAAAAGAUUUAAUUAGGAAUAAAAACUUGUUUAAAAUAAAUUAUCAGAAUUAUUGAAUUUAAUAUCUCAGUGAAUAUAUAAUCAGACAAUUGGUCCAAAUUUAAUGUUCGUAAUUUUUAACUUUAAAGUGAAAUUAUGUACCUACCUAUGGGACAUUGAGAGCUAUGAGAGUUUUUGUUAAAAAGAGAUUAUGAGCUGUAGAUUUUGACUAACGAGUCUAACAUACAAUAUGAUGUUUUUAUAAAAUUCAGUUUGUUUUUAAAUUGUAUAACUUGUAUAAUCAAUUUUUUAGAAAAAAUAUGGCUGUAGUUCAUUUUUUCUUUGAAGAAACACAAUUCACUGGUUUCACUAAAGGUGAACUGUUUGGAUUCACAGAAUUUUUAUGUAAGUACAAUUAAUAACAAGAUACAAUAAUUUUUCUUUCAAUCUUUGAUUAAUUUAUACACUUUUGAAAUAAAUAUAAGUAAUAGACAUAUUAUUUUAACUUACCAGCAUUGAUUACUAUGAUACUAGGUAAAGAUAAUAUUAUACUUGAACUUUUAAAUAGUGAAUAUUUUGUUUAAAAAUUAAAUUCUUUAUCUUUUCAUUCACUAAAAUUAUAUUUAUUUUGCUAUUUCAGCUAACACAGGAGGACUUUUAGGUUUAUUUAUGGGUUUUAGUUUCCUCAGUGCAGUUGAAGUCAUAUAUUUCAUUUCAUUACGUUUAUGGUGUGCUAUGUCGAAAAAAAAAAAAAUUAAAGAUGUAACAGUUCAUCUUGAUGACUAA